UUACCCUCAUGCCUCUCCUACCUUUCCCUCUCCGCCGGUCUGGAGGGAAUUGCUCUGCAGACCUCAGAAAAUUCUUAUUCGUACCCACCAUUUCCAUGCUCCCACUGCACCUGAGGUCUCUCUCAACCAUGAGCAAGCGACAAAGACCCAUCGAUUCUCCUCCAUCGACCCCCCAAACUCCGCAAACCCACAACUCCAAAAGACCCAAAUUACCCCUCGUACCCACCACCAAGUGGGUCCCACUCAACCUCACCCAAUCGGAGCUCUCCCUUCCCCUCACCUUCCCCACCGGCCAAACCUUCCGGUGGCGGCAGACUGGCCCUCUCCAGUACACCGGCGUCGUCGGGUGCCACCUUGUCUCCCUCAAGCACCUCCCGAACGGCGAUGUUUCUUACUGCCUACACAGCACCACCUCCUCCGAGCGCGGCGGCGCGGAGACGGCCCUGCUCGAUUUUCUCAAUAUGGGUAUAUCUCUGGCGAGAAUGUGGGAGGUUUUCUCGGCGUCGGAUUCGCGGUUCGCCGAGCUCGCUGGGUAUUUGGGCGGGGCUAGAGUGCUGCGGCAAGACCCGGUUGAAUGUUUGGUUCAGUUUCUUUGUUCGUCGAAUAACAACAUUCAGAGGAUUACAAAAAUGGUGGAUUUUGUGUCGUCGUUGGGGAACCAUUUGGGGUCUGUUGGUGGUUUUGAGUUCCAUGAAUUUCCAUCUUUGGAGCGCUUGUCGAUGGUGUCAGAGAAAGAGUUCAGAGAAGCUGGCUUUGGCUAUAGGGCCAAGUACAUUACUGGCACUGUAAAAGCUUUGCAGUUAAAACCUGGUGGAGGUGCAGGGUGGCUUUUGUCUCUGCGUAAAAUGGAGCUUGAGGGGGUGAUUGAAGCUCUUUCGACUUUGCCUGGAGUUGGUCCCAAGGUGGCGGCAUGUAUAGCUCUAUUCUCGCUCGACCAACACCAUGCCAUUCCUGUUGAUACACAUGUGUGGCAGAUUGCUACAAGAUACCUCAUACCUGAGCUAGCAGGUGCUCGUCUGACACCUAAGCUCUGUGUCCGUGUGGCGGAGGCAUUUGUGAGUAAAUACGGGAAAUAUGCAGGAUGGGCUCAAACUGUGCUUUUUAUUGCUGAACUACCUUCACAAAAGGACCUUCUACCAGCUCAUUUUACGAGUGCAAAAGAGAGUAAAGCUACCAAGAAAAAGGAUCGUGAAUCGCACACUGUCGUGGAUACUUCAACUGUUGAUUAGUGACUUGACAAUUGGAAUCUGGACGUUUAAGUUAAAACCUUAUAGUUAGAUGAUUUCAUCACUUUUAUUAUGCGGCAAGGCGUCUAAUUGUUAAAUACUGCAGUACUGAAGCUCAGUGUGCAAGACGAUUUUCUCCAACAUAAUGAACUCCUUGCAAAUCAGAACUCUGUAAGAUGAAUGAACGUGGGUUACGCGCUGCCUAUUGGAAGGCCAGGUUCACAUUGCAUUCUAUGAAUUUUUCCGUCACCUAUUUCUUUCAAAGCUCAUCCGCUCAUUCUCAUUCCGGUGCACGUUGGUCUUUCCUCUGCAUCAUCACUGCUUGUAUUUCUUCCUUGUUAAGGUACAUUUCUAGGCGGUCAUAUUAUUGGAUUUCAGUAGAUUACAAAUUGAUGUUUGUUCAAACAUUAUUUGCAUCUCAAUCAAGAAUCAAGAAGUGUAUUUAAUUUA